AUGGGCUUUACGGCAAUCUGGAUAACCCCAGUCACCGAGCAACUUCACCAGCAUACAUCGGAAGGCACUGCAUACCACGGGUACUGGCAGCAAGACAUUUAUUCGGUCAAUUCCAACUAUGGAACGGCUGACGACCUGAGAGCCCUGGCGUCAGCUCUUCACGACAGAGGCAUGUAUCUCAUGGUCGAUGUUGUUGCUAAUCACAUGGGAUAUGCAGGUGCAGGCAAUUCGGUUGACUAUAGUGUCUUCAAACCUUUCAAUUCUCAGGCCUACUUCCAUCCGUUGUGCUUCAUCAGCAACUACAAUAAUCAGACAAACGUGGAAGAUUGCUGGUUGGGAGACAAUGUUGUUCCUUUGCCAGAUCUUAAUACUACAAACUCGGAUGUCCAAAAGAUUUGGUACAAUUGGGUGGGCUCUUUAGUGUCUAAUUAUUCCAUCGACGGCCUACGAGUUGACACUGUGAAGCACGUCCAGAAAGAUUUCUGGCCGGGAUUCAAUGACGCUGCGGGCGUCUACUGCAUCGGGGAGGUAUUUAACGGAGAUCCAUCGUACACUUGCCCCUACCAAGAGGUCCUGGACGGGGUGCUGAAUUACCCUAUAUAUUAUCCGCUUCUGAAAGCCUUCCAGUCUACAAGUGGCAGUAUGAGUGACCUCUACAAUAUGAUCAACACGGUCAAGUCGAAGUGCGCAGAUUCAACGCUGUUGGGCACGUUCGUGGAAAAUCACGAUACCCCCCGGCUAGCAUCGUAUACCAACGACAUGGCUCUCGCCAAAAAUGCCGCAGCAUUCACCAUUCUCUCCGAUGGAAUCCCAAUCAUCUACGCCGGUCAGGAGCAACAUUACAGCGGCGGCGCGGAUCCCGCAAACCGCGAGGCAGUCUGGCUUUCCGGCUACUCAAAAACCAGCGAGCUAUACAAGCUCAUCGCGACAGCAAACGCCAUCCGGAAUCAUGCCAUUAGAAAGGACCCGGCCUACGUGACUUAUAAGAAUAACCCCAUCUACCAAGAUACCUCCACCAUCGCCAUGAGGAAAGGCACCGACGGAGCGCAGGUCGUCACCGUCCUCUCGAACCUCGGUGCUUCCGGAAACUCCUACACGCUCUCACUGAGUGGAACAGGCUAUGCGGCUGGAACACAGCUGACUGAGGUCUUUUCCUGCGCCACGGUGACCGUAGACUCAGAUGGGAAGGUCCCCGUUGCCAUGGCUAGUGGCUUGCCCCGGGUGUUUUACCCGACAGCUGGGCUGAACGGAAGUAAAUUUUGUACUUGA